GGGCAAUAAGACAGCAAGGACAUAGUCGUAAAUUGAUCAUCAGCCCUCAGUUCUCGAAGCAUAUUCUCUACUCUACAGCCACUAAAAUAGGGUUUCUCAUGAUUUCAGAUUUCCCGUUUUCCUAACUGUUGAAUUCUGGAGACGAACAAUAACCUCACCCCGUCGGAGAUAUUUGUUGAUCUUUUUUGGAAAUCUCAUGUGCUGUUUUCCUAUUGAGAAGAAUUCUAAUGUUUGAUUUUUGUUGUUGAUUUUCUGUGACAAUUACCGAUUUUUACAUACCCAGUCCAGAUGGCGCUUCCUCUCGGAAAGCUCACACUCAUCGUUGGUGCUGGCCUUGUGGGGUCGGUUCUUGCUAAAGAAGGCCGGAUAGGAAAUGUGUCUGAUUUUUUAUCUGGUGCAUUUAAGAUUGUUUGUAAGCAACUUAAACAAGAUGAUUCCACUGCUUCGAGUUCCAAACCAAAAAAUGAUUCUUUGAUGCAACAGGUUAACAGCCUGCGUCAGGAGCUCCAACUCUUGGCGUCAAGUAGAUCUGUUACAAUUGUCACUGGAGAGCGAUCAGGAUCUGGAAAAUAUGGCGUGGUUAUUAUUGUUGUAGUUGUUGGAUAUGGCUACAUAUGGUGGAAGGGUUGGAGACUUUCUGAUAUGAUGUUCGCGACGAGGCGUGGCUUAAAUGAUGCAUGCAAUUCUGUAGCUAAACAGCUUGAGAAUGUUUAUUCCUCAAUUUCGGCCACUAAGAGGCAUUUAUCCUCAAGGAUUGACCGUGUAGAUUGUAAAAUUGAUGAGUGUGCUGAAAAUACAGCUGCAACAAAAGAGGAGGUUUCUGAACUACGGGGUGAUGUGAAACUGAUCGGUGCAGAUGUCCAAUCUGUUCACCAUGUAGUGCGAUCUCUGGAAACUAAAAUUAACAGGAUAGAAGGCAGACAGAAUGAAACGAACUUUGGAGUGGGGAAGCUGGUUUCCUUCGUGAAGAAUCUGGAGAAUAGCAGAAGUGUGGAGCAGAUUGAGGGAGCUGCAUCAAGGCCAGCCCUUGAACUGCCGCAAGUAUCUCCACCGAGGACCGUCUCUUUACCAACCAAUUCUUUACUUGAGCCACCUUCACCAUCUACUGCUAGUGGAUCUCCCAAGAAACCUCCUUCAUUUCCGCCUCCCAAUUCUUCACAGACUAAAGUUUCUGCAUCAGGCCUGAAGGAACUUAAUGGAAUAUCAAAUGAUGUCGGAGUGUCAAGCUUGGGCACCCCUCGUGGUUCUAAUGGGAUUCAUGCGACAUCUGAAGCAACAAAUAAUGACAGCUUGAGUACUGGUCUGUUUGGGAGAACAAUAUCUGGAAUCAGUGCCUCUUUACUUACAAGAAGCCGCAGUGCGAUGCAGUCGUUCAAGUAGCAUUACUAUGUAGAUUUUGAUCAGAGGAACUAUAUAUAUAGGACGUUAUGAUUUUGUGCCCCGAGAAGGAGGGGCUUACUAGAUUAGCCAGGGCUAGCCCCCCAAGGUCGUCUCCCCUCCUACACAGGCCGUGCCUGCUAUAUAUAACUAUGGUUACCGAAUUUUGUAGAGCUUUGUCCAUUUCACAGGUUUGCUCUUAGGAUAUAGUUACUAGUUCUGCAAAAAAUUGGUACAAUUUUUUUUCUCCAUACCAAGUAUUGGGAAGAAGUAGAAAAUAUAUUGAAUAAAGAAAACCCCCAAACUUUGUCCAUCUUCUAGUGUUUUCAUAGCCAUACCCUGAUGUUGUAAAUAAGUUGGCAUGGUCUAUGACAGAUGGUAUCAGAUUUUUCCCAUGCUUUCUUUCA